CCCAGCUCCAGCCUGCUCCCUUAAACUGCUGCCACCCUGUGCUGGGUUGAACAUUUUCGGCUGCUGACUGCACUGACUACACUGAGCAGUUGGCAGUGCCCAGUGGGACAGACAUGAUGGUGCCGAAGUUACAGAACUGGGCUGCCCUAGGGCCUUUCCUCUCCCUGCUCUUUUCUACCAGUGUGGCGUACAUUGCUACCAGAGAAAACUGCUGCAUAUUAGAUGAACGAUUUGGUAGCUACUGCCCAACAACCUGUGGCAUUGCAGAUUUCUUUAAUAAAUACCAUCUUACUAUGGAUAAUGAACUGCAGGAAAUGGAGAGAAUUUUGCAGGAAAUUGCUAACUCCUCAGUAACAGCAGAUCAUUUGAUUCAACACAUUCAAAGCCUCUAUCCUCCAGAGAAGCAGACACUACCAAAUUCAAUUGAAGAUUUCACUAAAAAGUCCAAGAAAAUAAUUGAAGAAAUUAUCAGAUAUGAAAACACUAUUUUCACUCAUGAAAGUACUAUACAGCAGUUGACAGAUGCACAUAUAAUGAACAGCAACAGAAUCACACAGCUGAAACAGAAGAUUGCCCAGCUUGAGUCAGAAUGUCAGGAGCCAUGCAGAGACACAGCCGAAAUACAGGAGACAACUGGAAGAGAUUGUCAAGACAUUGCAAAUAAAGGUGCCAGAAAAAGUGGUCUUUACUUUAUCAAGCCUCAAAAAGCCAAGCAGUCAUUUCUAGUCUACUGUGAGAUUGACUCAUAUGGCAACGGCUGGACAGUAUUACAGAGGAGACUGGAUGGGAGUGAGGACUUCAAGAGAAAUUGGGUUCAGUACAAGGAAGGAUUCGGACAUCUGUCUCCAGAUGACACCACCGAGUUCUGGCUGGGUAAUGAAAAGAUUCAUUUAAUAACCACGCAGUCCACUCUGCCGUACACCUUACGAAUAGAACUGGAGGACUGGAGUGGCAAAAAAAGCACUGCUGACUAUGCUGUAUUCAAAGUGGGAAGUGAAGGAGACAAGUAUCGACUGACUUAUGCCUACUUUAUCGGUGGUGAAGCUGGGGAUGCCUUUGAUGGCUUUGAUUUUGGAGAUGAUCCAAGUGACAAGUCCUUUACCUAUCAUAAUGGCAUGCGGUUCAGUACCUACGAUAACGACAAUGAUAACUUUGCUGGCAACUGUGCUGAGCAAGAUGGAUCUGGAUGGUGGAUGAAUAGAUGUCAUGCUGGCCACCUCAAUGGCAAAUAUUAUAUAGAUGGUGUGUACACAUCCAAAGAUGCUGGUCCAUCUGGAUAUGACAAUGGCAUUAUCUGGGCAACCUGGCGUGACCGGUGGUACUCCAUGAAGAAAACUGCAAUGAAAAUCAUCCCAUUCAACAGACUGUCAGUAGAUGGACAGCAGCACAAUUUGGGCAGCGCCAAACAGGUUGGAGACUCAUAAAGGGACAAUUCCACAAAGACUGGUCGGAACAGGGAAAACAGAUCUAUUAUCUCUUAGACACUGAACUUACCUAACAUGAAAGAGUUCAGUUUUGACUGUAAAACACCAUUGACUGUAAAAUGCCCAAGCCUCUUUCCUGAGCAGUGCUUACCUUUGUACAUGGUUAUUUUUUUCUGUACAAAUUCUCAAUAAAUUUUUGAUUAUUACAAAAAAUUUGAA